GCAAAAGUAUGGUUUUUGUAUUAUGGACAAUCACAAAGAACGCAUCGCUAACUUCCGUAUCGAGCCCCCCGGCUUGUUCCGUGGCCGUGGAGACCAUCCAAAAAUGGGAAUGCUCAAACGUCGUAUUAGGCCUCAAGACAUCAUUAUCAACUGCAGCAAGGACUCAAAGUACCCAGAACCACCCCCUGGUACUAAGUGGAAAGAAGUUCGCCAUGACAACAAAGUGACUUGGCUGGUUUCCUGGACAGAGAACAUUCAGGGCUCUAUCAAAUACAUUAUGCUGAACCCCAGCUCGAGGAUAAAGGGAGAGAAGGACUGGCAGAAGUAUGAAACGGCUCGCAGACUGAAGAAAUGUGUGGACCGCAUCAGAGCUCAGUACCGUGAAGACUGGAAGUCCAAGGAAAUGAGGGUCCGACAGCGGGCUGUGGCACUCUACUUUAUCGACAAGGUGAAGACUUGGGAUUUCUUUGUUGACACUUUCCAAAUAUGGCUGAGUAACAUAUGA